AUGACUGAUUCGACAGUACUAACAAAUUGGACUGAUGGUGGUUCAGAAGAAAAACGUGAAACAGACUUCGUUUCAACUGGCUGGGCACACAGAAGCCCCAUUGACCAGUGGAGAGAGCUCUUAUCCCCCGAAUAUUUUAAUAUUGUCCCAGACCUUUGGCUUCAGUUUCCACCACCUUCAAUAGAAGCUCAUCAAGUAUUAGGAGCAGUAUAUACCUUGAUAAUGGUCCCAGGAGUUUUAGGAAAUGUCUUGCUAAUCUGGAUCGUUUGCUCGACCAAAGCUUUAAGGACACCAUCCCAUAUCCUUGUCGUUAAUCUCGCCAUCAGUGAUUUCCUGAUGAUGACAGAAAUACCACUAUUUAUAUACAACAGUUUUUGCCAAAAAGCUGCAUUUGGAGUUUGGGGCUGUCAGCUGUAUGGGUUUAUUGGUGCUUUAACAGGAACAACAGCCAUUAUGACUAUUGCCGCAAUGGCUGGAGAACGCUAUUAUUCGAUCUCUCGUCCUCUAGACCCCAGUAGGAGGAUGACUCGAGCUCGAGCAACAGUCAUUGUUGUUUGCAUAUGGAUAUAUUCAUUCACAUUCAGUGUCAUGCCUCUAUUCCGCAUUAACCAAUAUGUUCCCGAGGGCUAUUUAAGCAGUUGCAGCUUUGAUUAUUUAACAAGUGAUUUAAAAAGCCGGGUCUAUGUUUUAGUGUUUUUCAUCGCGGCCUGGUGCGUCCCAAUGGUAAUAAUCUGUUUGAGCUACUUUGGUAUAAUUUUCAUUGUACGAAAAAAACAAUUUAUUUAUCAAAAUCAGGAACAGGGAAUUAAUUUGGAACGUUUCAAUAUCCAGAAACAUAGAAAAAAUGAAAUUAAAUUAUCAAAAAUAGUGUUUGCUUUAAUUUCCUUUUGGAUGAUAUCAUGGACACCUUACGCUAUGGUUGCACUGUUGGGUAUUUCUUUUAACCAAAAAUUACUCACACCUACUAUUUCUAUGGUACCAGCAUUGUUCUGUAAAACAGCUUCAGUUAUAGACCCAUUUUUAUAUGGUCUGAGUCACCCUCGCUUUAAGGCUGCCUUAAAGAAAAAGGUUUCUUGUCUACAUAUUACGAACAAGAACACAAAACGAAAGCGUUCAUUCAAUAUUCACAGCUUUCAACACGCAUCAUUGGAGAGUAGAGAAUCACUCGAUCGCCAACUACCACCUAUAAACAGGUAUCGUGGGGACAGUUCUGAAACCAGUUUCCAAAACAUAUCACUAACUAUAAUUCACCCACAAAAAGGUCGUCCAAAGCGAAAAUAUUCUAAUUCUUUCUCAUAG